AUGAUUUUGACGAGAGCGCAGAAAAGACGGAUGGGGGAGAGAGAUGUGUGGGAUUUGAUCGUGAAGAACGACGAUGUUUGUUUUAAACACAUUCUUCCGAGAUUGAAUGGGACCGAUCUUAAAUUCUUGUACGAGGUGAAUAGUGAAACGAGAAAGUUGAUUAAGAGAUCAUCUCGCAAGGGUGAUUUGAAAGAGAAGUUUAAAGUUCAAGAGAUGUCGUCGAUAUCGACUUUGGAAGUCGCGUGGGAGCAUAAAUCGUUGUGGCCGAGACACUGGACCGAAACAUAUUUCUGCUGGAAAGUUGCUCAAACGAAUAAACUCGAGUUGCUCAAGUGGGCGCGAGAGGAGAAAAAGUGUACGUGGGGUGAUAGGACGAUUGAUGCGGCCGCAUAUCAAGGUAAUCUGGAAAUGGUAAAGUAUUGCGUGGCAAAUGAGUGUCCUAUCGAUGAGGGAGCAUGUUUAAACGCUUCGUCAGGAGGUCAUCUCCAGGUACUCAAAUACUUACGCGAAGAAGCCAAAGCGCCUUGGGAUUUGAGAACUGCCGCUUGGGCGGCUGAAAAUGUUUACCUUCACAUACUCGAAUAUCUUGUUGAUCGUAAGUUUGAUAAAUUCAAUUGGGCGUGUCAGUUUGCAGCCGAGGAAGGUCACUUGGACUGUUUAAAGUACUUGCACGAAACCGCCAAAGCGCCGUGGGACUCUUCGGCCGUAUUUGUCGCUCACGAGAACGACCACCCCGAAUGUGUACAAUACCUCCUCGACAAUAACUGCCCUCUUCCACGCAAUUGGCGAUACGAAGACGGAACUUUACGCACCUCAUAA